CUCCGCCUCUGCCCGUUUCAUGGCCUGCUUCUCCUCUCGGUCUUCCACGCGCUUGCUCUUCCCCUUACCCGGUCGCUUCCAUGUCCGACAUUGACACAGCGGCCACUCUUGCUCUCCCGGAGCCCGACAUCAUCCCCAGUGAGCCGGGGGUGUCGGCUUCCCCCGGCCCUGCGGAAACCGAGCCCGAGCCUUCGACAGAGGACACUGCCGCCUCUACCGCGGUCGCUGUCGAUGACCGGGCUGGCCUGGAUGCCUUCGCCCUGCCAGCCCUCACCAUCGGUCGGGCACUCAGGUAUCGGCUCCCGGACAAUGCCAUGCUUUCGCAGGAGUCCCAGCUUUGUGCCCGGCGCGCGGCCACACUCUUCAUCAACUACGUCAUCUUCACUGCCAUGGAACUCAGCCCUGGGAGGGUGAGCCCCUCGCCGGCCAGCAUUGUUGCCGCUCUGCGAGACAUGAAGCUGGAUUCGAUUGCCGCCUCGGUUGAGUAUGCCCUGGCUCACAACUUUGAGGGCCCCGGGUUACGGCCGGCCGCCACCGGUGGCUCCUCCGCCACAACUGCCCCCCUCCGGGAGAAUGACUCCGAGGACGAGCUAGAUUUGGACACCGAGAUGGGCGCAAGCGAGGAGUUGAUGCAUGCGCUCCGGCCAGACCUGGCUCGGUUCGCCUUCGCAAGUGAGGACGUCAGGAUGUCUGACGCCAGCGGCGACGACGACGACGACGAUGAGCACCCGCUCUUCGAGACACAGUUGUAGGGGAAAGGCCGACUGGCAGACAGACGGUGCACGAGGACCAGCAAGACAAGGAAAAAAAAAGGCCCCAUCGUCACCCCGCUCCCUCUCCCCCGCACCCCCCUUCCCCUGGCUGACGGACAGCGAGGAUGCCUUGUGUGGAAUGAAGC